AUGGAGCUCCAAGGCAGCGCGAACGCCGCGCCAGCAUCAACGAUCCCAACCACGCAGACGAACAAGAAGAAGCAUCGGCCCUACGCCUACCCCUGUCCGUAUCCACAGUGUGCGCGCUCGUUUACAUGUCCCCACAACGUCGAGCAGCACAUAGCCGAAAAGCACCGCCUCGAGCGCGAGCACAAGUGCUAUCUGUGCGUCGCUGCAUUCCCUCGACCGUGGGGUUUGAAUCGUCACUUGAAGAAGGUCCAUGGGAUUGAUCGACAUACAGUUGCAGGGAAGGGGAAGGGAAGCCGGGUUGGCAAGACGCGUCGGGGCAAGGGAGCGAGCCUCGGGGAGACGGCUGAGGGGGAUGAUGAGGUGGAUGCCGAGGAAGGCGCCGUGAGUGGGGGGAUCGAGAAUGCGACUGCGCUUGGAGGUCCGAUGCUGGGUCUUCAAGGUUCAGAUGAGGUCGAAUUCAUGGCGACGCUGGGUGAGACUGUCAGUGUCGCUCCAACUCCUGCUCAUCUCACGGAGACCGAAGUGUACACUGCGCCAAACGACGAACAUGCAUACGCUGGUAACUCGGACUCGACCUACGCGCCUGGCCUCGACAACGCAGCUGGUGAGGACGAACACGCCUUGAGAUCCGCGAUCGAAGGUUUCUUGAAUUCCCCGACCGGCACAGUUGCAGGCGACAACCUCGGUAUCGUCAUGAUGGAGGAUGCGGAGAAGAUUUUGGCGAUGCUAUGA